UGUUGCAUUCUUUGAACUGAAAUUUUCCAGGUAGAAAUAUGGCCAAUAUUUCCUUGCCGUCUUCUCGUCCUUCACAAAUAUCAGCAACUAAGAACGAAACUCCAUCAAUAAAACCUGCGAGUUUUGCCCAAUUCCCUUCAUGGGUCUCUCUCAAAAGCACUUCUUCGUCACUGAAAAUCCCCCUAAGCCAACAAGGCCAAGUUGAGAACGUACACUUAGUUUCUUUAUCUAAACAGGGGAAACUCAAAGAAGCUCGUGACUUCCUCAAACAAAUGGAGGAAGCCGGCGUUCCCGUCAAUCCCCACUCGUAUAAAUCCCUUCUCGAAACCUGUAGCAAAAUGAGAUCUUUAUCGGACGGUAAAUUAAUUCACAACCAUUUGCGAAGAACGAUGAAGAACCCAUCUGGGUUUCUCGAGAAUUCUCUUUUGCAAAUGUAUUUGGACUGCGGGAGCUUUUUGGAUGCGGAGAAACUGUUUGAUAAUAUGAUUGAGAAAAAUCUAGCAUCUUGGAUUGUACUUCUUUCUGCUUAUUCACAAAAAGGUCAUCUAAAGAAAACUUUUUCGUUAUAUUCACAAAUGGUUGAGUUAGGAAUUAGACCGAAUUCGACUAUUUUUACCAGACUCUUGAAGAGUUUAUUUGAUCCUUCUGUUUUGGAGAUUGGGAAACAGAUGCAUUCUCUCCUUAUAAGAACUGGGUUAAGCACCAAUGUUUCUGUUAUUACAGCGAUCUCCAACAUGUACGCUAAAUGCGGGUGGUUAGAAGGGGCUAAGCUCGUUGUGGGUCAGAUGGUUGAAAAGAAUGCUGUAGCUUGGACGGGAUUGAUGAUGGGGUGUACUCAAGCUGACAAACAGAAAGAUGCUUUGGAAUUGUUUGGUAAAAUGGUAAAGGAAGCUGUUAAAUUGGAUGGGUUUGUGUUUUCGGUUGUUCUGAAAGCAUGUGCUGGAUUGGAGGAUUUGAACUUAGGGAGGCAAAUUCAUGGUUAUGUUGUUAAACUUGGGUUCGAAUCUGAUGUUUUCGUGGGAACUCCUGUUGUGGAUUUAUAUGUCAAAUGUGCAUGUUUUGAAUCUGCUUGCCGAGCAUUUGAGAGGAUAUCUGAACCGAAUGAUGUGUCAUGGAGUGCUAUAGUCACUGGCUACUGCCAAGUUGGUAAAUUUGAGAAAUCGCUUAAGAUUUUUAAAUCAUUAAGGAUUAAAGAUGUGUUUUUGAAUUCUUUUGUAUAUACUAGCAUUUUCCAAGCAUGUUCUGUUCUUGCUGAUCUUAAUGUGGGUGCCCAAGUUCAUGCAGAUUCAAUAAAAAGAGGUUUAAUUUCGUAUCUUUAUGGAGAGAGUGCAAUGAUUACUAUGUAUUCAAAAUGUGGUAGAUUGGACUAUGCGAAUCGAGCCUUUGAGUCUAUUGAUGAACCUGAUACUGUGGCUUGGACUACAAUAAUAUGUGGUCAUGCUUAUCAUGGCAAUGCUUCUGAAGCCCUAAGGCUUUUCAGGAGGAUGCAGGACUCUGGUGUGAGGCCAACUGAAGUUACAUUUGUGGCGGUUUUAACUGCUUGUAGUCAUUCUGGCUUGGUUACAGAAGCUAAACUGUAUUUGGAGUCAAUGAGUCCUGAAUAUGGUGUGAGACCAACUAUUGAUCAUUAUGAUUGUAUGAUUGAUAUAUAUUCUCGUGCUGGUCUGCUGCAAGAGGCAUAUGAACUGAUAAAGAUUAUGCCCUUUGAUCCUGAUUCAAUGAGUUGGAAAUGCUUAUUGGGUGGGUGUUGGAUCCAUAGGAAUCUUGAGCUGGGAAAAGUUGCAGCAGAAAAUCUACUUCAGCUUGAUCCAGAUGAUACUUCAGGUUAUAUUUUGAUGUUUAACCUAUAUGCUUCAUCUGGGAAAUGGGAAGAAGCAGCUCAUGUAAGACGUAUGAUGGGUGAAAGAAAGUUGAAAAAGGAACUUAGUUGCAGCUGGAUUACUGUCAAGGGUAAGGUGCAUCGGUUUGUGGUAGGCGAUAAACACCAUCCUCAGACACAGGAGAUUUAUGAAAAGUUAAAAGAAUUCAACCAUUCUAUUAUGAAGGAUGAAGGUGGGGUUCUAACAGAAGAGGAUGUACAAUUUGGUUUGCCUGAGCGGAAACAGCAACUUAUGGACCACAGUGAGAGACUUGCCAUAGCAUUUGGGCUCAUAUCUGUACCAAGCAAUGCACCUAUUAUUGUUUUCAAGAAUCUCCGGGCAUGCAAAUACUGCCAUGAUUUUGCAAAACAUGUAUCCAUGGUCACAGGACGCAAAAUCACCGUUAGGGAUUCCUGCAGAUUCCAUCACUUCCAUUUAGGGCAAUGCUCUUGCAAUGAUUAUUGGUGAUGCUUGCAAUAUGUAUUCAAGUUUAGUUGUAUUUUUGUUAUAAGCCAUAUCAUUUCAUUGAUAUAAAAUAUAUACAUUAAGAAAUUCUCUCGUCAAA